CGAUCGAUUCUUAUGAAUACAACGGGACAGCACUUAUUUCAUUUAUACGUCAGAAACUGCUACCAGGGAUGUAUGGCUGCCCUCGAUGUGUACUACCAAGGCAUUAAAAAGAAACUGCGAACUGUACCGGCACCCACACUACACAGCCUGGGCCAUUCUUCGCUGACUUUAUCAUGGAACGGAUAUGUGCCGCAGAACGUCACCUACAAGGCACAGAAGCUAGUUUUGGAUUCCAACUCCGGCUGGGAGCUUCAUGGCGAGGCGACUUUCAGACCGAAUGGGAACAUCGACCUGUUCAAUCUACGUCCUUACGUUGCCUACAAGUUUAGAAUACUGAUCGUAGUGACGUCAGGUGCAGGCCACGUGAUAGGGUCACAGCCAUCUGGAAAAAUAACAACUCGUGCGCAUGGAGUUCCAUCCACGGGGCCUAGAAUCAUCUCUUUGUCAUCACCAACAUCCCAAACGAUUGCGGUCACCUGGAGCCCACCUCCCUUCCCCAAUGGCAGGCUGCUUUACUAUCGCAUCUACCUGCAGCCUGGACGCCUGGAGGAUCACAAUCUUACCUGGAUAGAUUUACCAUGGAAUGCGACUUCCUGGGUGGCUGGCCAUCUUCGUGCAUCACAGAAGUACCUGGUGUCCAUCACUGCCUGGAAUUAUGAAGGAGAAGGACCCAGGAGUAGUCGAGAUGUGGUCACACGUAGCCCAGGAAAUUGGACAACUCGAGAUGCCCCACUUCUGAUUCUGGCGUCAGGAAACAAGAUCCUUACAGUGGCUAUCAACAACUCCACCCAGCUGGAACCCCAGAACUCCAGAAUUAUCUACGAACAUCCUGACAAAACUAGGAUCAUCUACGAAACAGAGGACAUCAGUGUGCACUUGCGAAGAAGACAGAUCUUGGCCGCGGACAGUACCGGAAGUGUCAGCCUCAUCUCCCUAAGCGGAAACUCUACCGCCUUCAAUCGCUAUCCAGAGGUCAAGAACGCCAGGGCCGUCUCCGUGGACUGGAUGUCAGACAGCGUCUAUGUGGCCAGUCAGGACAAGAUCUACAACUGCCCGCUUGCCAAAGAUCAGUGUGCCAUUGUUCUCCAGGGAUUGGCUGGAGCUGCCACUGACGUCGAAGUUGAUCCGAUUAAUGGUUACUUCUACUAUGUCCUCAAUGGAGAGGGACAGGGGCUUUAUCGUGUACCGCUAGAAACAACUGGGCAAACAGGCGCACAAAUGGCUGUACAGACAUCCUUGUUGCCAGCACCUCCACAACUGAUCAUUGCUACAAGCGAUAUAUCAUCUGUUUUGAUUGACUUCAAUAACGUCCGACUGUAUUUGGUAAACAGCACUGCAGGAACAAUGAUGGUUGCCUCCCUUGAUGGUUUCAGAAUUGAAUCUUUACAGGAGAAGAUUGCAAGUCCUUCUUUUGACCAGGUUUCCAGCAUUGUUGUCUUGAAUCAGACGUUUAUCUGGACUGACAAGCAGCGCCUGCACAUGGAGGAGUUUGAGCCUCAGUUGCAGAAAUAUCGGCACAGUGAACUUAUGUUAUUUAAGCCUCCUUAUACAGGCAUGAGUUUGUUUCACCCUGUUGCCCAGCCAUUGCCAGCACCAUCUACCUCACCGGACAUCACUGAUGCUGUGUUUUCUAGAGAUCAUGCAGUGGUCAGUUGGAAUCCUCCACCACUACUACAUUACCAAGGUCAAGGUGCAUGGAGAGACUGGACUUACCAGCUACAGCUGGUUAAGUCAAGUGGUGAGGGAGACAUACUGGAUGAACUACAACAAUAUGAUGUUUCUGCACUGAGCUUGACCCUCACUAACCUCACCCCUGACAGUGUGUACAAGGUCAAGGCUAGAGCAAGGUCAGAGGCAGGAUUUGGUCCAUGGUCAGAAGAAUUUAUAGGAAGGACAUUGAAAUAUGAUGAUGUCAUUAUACUUAUGAGCCGUUAUGGUGGUAAAAUUUUGGAAAAGAAUAUCGAUGGAACAGAAAUUUCUCUAGCUGAAUUGGAUUUGGAUGCUACAAAGAUAGACUGGCAUGGCGACAUGAUCCUAUGGCUCAGUGACUCCGAAGUUCUCUUCAUGUACAACAGAACCACCCAGCAGAGCCAUGAGCUGACAGAAGUACAUGCGGCUUCCUGCCUGGCUUAUGACUGGCUGGGACAUAAGGUGUACUGGUCCAAUGAUAAAACUGUGAGUACUAUUCAUCGCUCAAAUCUUGAAGAUGGCAGACAUGACUUCAUCUGCCAGACAAAAGCCAUUGAUAUUGCCAUAGAUGCAGUCAGUGGCAGGUUGUACUGGGCAACUGAGUUAUCUAUAGAAACAAGUUAUCUGAAUGGAAAUGAACGUCUUGAAAUGUUUAGUCCUCAAAUCUUCAGUGAUAGAAAAAUCGUCAGUUUGACCUUGGACCUGGAUUCUGGAAAGGCAAGUGGGAUAUCAAGUCUGCAGCACUUUUCACACAACUUCUAUUGGCAAACAGAACAGAAUACACUGACUAGUGGUAGUUCCUACAACAACUUCUCAUCCGUCAUCAGCUCUGAUGAAGAUCUGCUCUGUUUCAAAGUGACCCAUCCAGUGAUGCAUUCUUUUCCUUCCAACAUGUCCGCAAGCAAGGUGAAGGUGAUUCCUGCCUCCAUUGAGUCUUCUGAUUUACGCAUCGAAGGUGUUUGGUCAAAGUUCAACCUCACCUGGCUGCCACAAACAGAGGUCACUUAUGGAGUAGUCUUUUACAAAUUGUUCAUUGAAGCAUUAAACAACAGCAAACAUGUGGUGAACAACAAAGACCAUUUCUUUGAGGUGUCUGGAUUUUUGCCAUACACUCAGCUUGUGGUAUCCAUCCAGCCAUUAACAUACUGGGGAUAUGCUGAAGCAACAACAAUUUCUCUUCGAACACCAACAUCUG